AAAAGAGAGAAGACGCAUACAGACCACUUACCUACAUACAGAGAUUCACUUUGUGACUGGUUCAGAGUGGAUUUAAUUUUUUCCACCGCAAGAGAGAGCCCUUCCUCGAAAGUGUCCGAACGCACCGUUUCGUACAAGACCAAAUGGAUUCAACCUGUAAACGUUUUCGCUGUGUACGUUUUGAUGUCUUCUAAUGCUCUGUCUGUCAUAUACACAGAGUGCAGCUUGAUGUGACUGAAGCUUUUGAGCGAGUACCAUUUUUUUUUUACAUUCCCCUGCAGACCCGCUUUUUGCACAAUUGGUAUCCCAUUCAUUUAUUUCCAUUCAAUGUGAUGCCUCGUGUCAGCUAGGAUAGGCUUCAGCUCACUCAUGACCCCAAUGAGGACAAGCAGUAUAGAACAUGGAUGGAUUUUUGUUUUAAAAAAGAAAAUCAUUUUUGGCGCGUGUAGUGUACAGUGUGUGUGUGUGUGUGUGUGUGUGUGCGCUUUCUGUUGUGAGGCAGUGAGCGCCCCUUCCUUUAUGUCUUCGUGUCACAGCUGAUCAGGAUUAGCUCCUGUCGCAGAUCAUCCAUUGCCGCUUCUGCUUCGUGUUCUUCUUGCCCUCACUGUUGUCGUCCUGCGAUAGUACGCCUUAACGUGCAGUCUGUCCUCCGUCUUAGCUUGACGUUGAGUUGAGAUUAAGGCCAGCGCGGCGCUGCCAUCUUCCAGCCAUCGACCUGUUCUCUCAAGUUUAUCCGCUGCUGAGCGCAUAAUGGGAUCUGCAAUCUGCAACCUCCCCAACCUUUUCCUUGUUCCUCCUGUUCAGCACUGAAGCUUUCGAAGGUGACCUGCUGGACUUGAAAGUCUUCAUACCUGCCACGCACUUCGUUGUAAUUAAUGAUGAGCUCGCAGUUUCGAAGAAGUUGGGACAUUGUGUGCAACGUAAAUAAAAACAGAAUACAAUGGUUUGCAAAUCCUUUUCUUCCUACGGGUAUAUUCAAUUGAAUACACUACAAAGAGGAGAUACAAUAUUUGAAAGCUGAAAUUGAUCAACCUCUUCGUUUUGUGCAAAUAUUCACUGAUUUUGAAUUUGAUGCCAGCAACGCGUUCCAAAAAAGCUGGGACAGGGGCAUGUUUGCCCCUGUCCCCCCCCCCCCCCCCCUCCCCCUGUGUUGCAUCUAUUAUCCCUGUAACAACAUUCAAUAAGCAUGUGGGAACUGAGGACACUAAUUGCUUUGUCGGUGAAAUUCUUUCCCAUUUUUGCUUGAUGUACAACUUCAGUUGCUCAACAGUCUGGGAUCUCCGUUGUCGUAUUUUGGAUUUCCUAAAGAGCCAAGCUCUUAUAACAUGCAGAAUGUGGCUGGGCAUUGUCAUGCUAAAGUAAGCAGGGACAUCCCUAACAAGACGUUGCUUGGAUGGCAGCAUAUGUUGCUCCAAAACCUGUAUGUACCUUCCAGCAAUAAUGGCCCCUUCACAGAUGUGCAACUUACCCCCAUACAUUACCCUUACAUGAUGGACUGUGAUCUUUGUGUCGAUAACAAUCCAGAUCGUCCUUUUCCUCUUUGGUCCAGAGGACGUGACGUUCAUCAUUUCCCCCAAAAAUGUGAAAUGUGGACUCGUCAGACCACAGCACACUUUUGGACUUUGCGUCAGUCCAUCUCAGAUGAGCUCGGGGCCAGAGAAGCCGGUGGCGUUUCUGGGUGUUGUUGAUACGGUGUAUGGCUUUUACUUUGCAUGGUAGAGUUUGAACUUGCAUUUGUAGAUGUAGCGACCAACAGUGUUUUGUAACUGGUUUCCUGAAGUGUUCCUGAGACCACGUGGUUUUGAGUGCAGUGCCACCUAAGGGAUUGAAGGGUACGGGCAUUCAUUGUUGGUUUUUGGCUUUGCAAAUGAUUGAUAAUGAUAAUUCUGCGUUUAUUCAAUUUUGCACACCGUCCCAACUUCAUUGGAAAUUGAGUUUGUCGAUGCACAUUAAAGAGGCGCACCUCAAUCAAACGGAAUAUAAUGAACAAAUUCAUUGGAAUACAUCCAUCCAUCCGUUCUCUGUUCCGCGGGCCCUCAAUGUGCCAGCUCAGCAACUCCGUACACCCGUUGACGAACGUGCAUGUGAUAUGGUGUUCAUCCACUCAUCAGUUCGAUAGACACACCAUAGAGGCUUUAAUGACCUGUGCUGGGAUCACUAACGACGACACAGCUUAUACUAACAUAUCUACUCACAGGUUCUUACGGACUAAAAAAAAAGAAUCACACCACACCACUCGUCAGUAGCGCUGCCUUGCUCAUUUCCCCACAUCCUGCCCUGUCUUAUCUUUUCUGUCCUCUAUUAUCUUGUUCUCUUGGUUAUUUAUUGGAUGUUCUCACCCCAAGUCCCCUUGUCCACUCUGGCCCUCUCUCUGUCCGCUAAUACCAUUUUCUGUACGGCUGCAUUUUCCGUAAGCAUCAGAAUAAAAAAAAAAAAAAAACCCCAAUAAAAAUAAACAGAGGGAGUAUUUCAAACUCCCCUGUUGCACAGCAAAACUGUCCCAGCGCAAAAAAGGCAUACAGAUCCACCAUUCUGCAAGGCCAUGCAGCUGAACAGGACGGCUUUGAAAAAAGAAAACAUUUUGUCGCGCUACAAGAAGGCACGCUCUGUUACUGCUCAUGCUGUAUUUGCUGGUUUUCAUUGGAUUGUUUUGCAUUUCAUUCAAAUGUUGACUGUAAUUAUCACUAUAAUCUACUUUGUUGUUGCGUGUUUCAACUUUACCGCACAAAUUCAGGUAAUGUCGCCGCCUUAGGAGCAGUCAAAAUAUUUCAGGUGGUCGAAGUUUCCCUUUUUUGGAAAGUAACGUUAUUUUGACGGUCAUGCAUAAUUCAUUAUCCAUACUGUUGAAACUGUUACGGUUGCUUUGGUCUGCAUUCUUCAUUUCCUCAUAAGAAGACAAACUAUAGAUGUUGCACUUUCCUAAAAAGAAGAGCUUAAUGCCCAGAUAUUCUUUUUUUUUAAACAUGCUGUUGUCAUGUUCAUUUGCAGUUUCUUAAAAAGAUGCUCCGAAAGGCUCUUUGAACGUGUACCACACGUGUAGUUAAAAUAUGAUACCAAUGUGUGUUCAAAUCCUCUGUUUGAGCAAGGCUUUUAAUUUCUUGUUCUUGACAUCUGUUAAAUUGUGAAGCAACUUAGCAACAAUAGGAUCGUGCCGGUCCCGCUGCGACAACUGUUGAGUACCAAUGUUCGAGACUGCUCGAACUUCAAUUAGAAUGGUGCAAAAGUUUGCAAAAUUGUCCGACAAAAUCAGGGACAUGAAAAGGUCAACUUCAGCAAAUGUUUUGCCAGGUGCACGAGAGAACUGGAAAAAAAAAAACCUCCUCCGACGCGUACAGCAGUGUAAAUCCUCCAUACACGCAGUCGGCACCGGAAAUAAGACCUCGACGUUACAAUAGUUAAUUGUUUUCCCCCACAAAAUCAAAAUCAACAAGGACGGAUGAAGAUUGAACCGCACGCCCACAUCUCCGGCGCCAGUCCACCUUCCCUGGCGAAGGGAGCAACAGUUUGCGUUGCUUAUGUGCGUGCGUCAUCACACUUGACUCAUCCUCCAUCUGGCCCUGAGUCCAGGAUUGGGCCUUAACCUUCAGGUGGCGCUCCUUAAUCCAGUUAGGCUCGGGCAGCCGCUGUGGAAGAUCCCCGCGGAGCCGUGUCACACCGUGGAUCUUCUCGACACCAGGGGCAUGCAGGGCCGCCUGUAGACCCUCAGGAUGUUCAACUGGGUGGUGAAAGUGGUCCCCCAUCCCCCCGGAUCCCCUCACACAGAUGCGGAAAUCAAUAAUCCUGCCGAGGUACACGCAUACACAAACACGUGAUUGUGCACACUCUCUCAUUGGCGGGCUGUACGCCUGUAGUAUUGCGAAGGUUCGUGAAGCCAAUCAAAUUUGGAAUUGCACACGCAUUCGGACCCCGUACAAACAUCUAAAUAUCCUUUCGACGCUUCUCUGCGUGUCUCCGAUUAAACAGGAGUGCUCCAAAAACAGAGUUGCCAAGAGUCCUCCACUGAAGAGCACAGGUGAUGCUUCAGAAGACAGUCAGUGCCAGGCGGGAGUCUUAGGUUGGCUGUCCAAUGGCUUUGCCAGCGCCCUGCCUCAGCCCGCUGGCUCCCCUCACCUGGAUGGCAAGUCUGUUGGGGAUGGAGAAAGGUCGGGAGUGAUGGGCUGGGUCACUCAGAGUCUGACCAAGGUGCUGCCGCAGCCCGACGACAAGUACAGAGAAGUCGACGAUGGCAACCAAGAGGCGCACACGGAGGUCUACGAAGUGGAAACCAUGCCAGAUUACGACCCGCUCCCACACAUCCCCGUGGUGGAGAUGGUGUCAGAAGAUGAGGCAGAGGAGGACGACGGUCAAUUUGCGUUCCCCUCGACCGUGGUGACGUGGCUCAAGCAGAAGAUCCCUCAGCCGGUUCUAGUUCCUCCCGGUUCCGCGCCCAUUGAGCCCAAACCCAAAAAGACUCCCCGCUCAUCUUUGGACAAAAGUACAUACUUUACGUUCCUUGUUCUUUCUCCACCACCUGAAUCUCUCAGUGGAAUCUCACUGGACACUGACGGCAAGGCCUCAGCGAUGGCCGGCUGGUUCGCGUCCAGGCUUGGCUUAAAGAUCCCUCAGCCGGUUCUUCCUCAAAAUGACAUCGAGGCCGCAGCUGAGGUUCUAAAGAAAGCCUCGACAAAACUCAAUCCCGACAUGGUGUUAGAAGACGUGGAUUCAGACAACGAAGGCCAACACUGCUCAGCCCAGGCGCGGCAGGCCACCACACAGAGGAGACGGUCCGGUUCCUCCGUGGACCUCCGCAGGUGUGCUGAGACAAACCAAGUACCGCAAGCGUCCCAUCCAGCCGUCGCUGAAAUUCUUCAGGAGGACGCCGAGACCCAAACAGGCCGUUGGACGCCGUUCGUUGAAAGCAUCAAGCGGGAGGCCGAGGAUGUGGCUUUGGCCACCAUGGAGGAACGUUUGCUGCAGGAGCGCGUGGAGAUGGCCGCCAUGGCCGCAGAAGUGGCGAGGCAGACGGCCGAGAUGGCCGUACGACAGCUGGCCAGCGAGGGUCAGUCCUUCAAACUCUCACUGGGGAGCCAAGAGCUGCUGGAAGAGCCUGACGCAGAAAAAGAGGAGCUUCUUGCCGUUGAAGAGCAGGAGGACAGCCAAGCUGAGGAGCAAACCAUUAUUGAUGAAGUGAAAACCAAGCAAGAGCCCGAAGAGGAGGCCGAGCCACGAGCGAUAUCCCCCCCCGCCCCGCCGAGACCCCAACCAGUGAAGGCUUUUGAGCCGGAGCGUGUUCAACAAGUAGCGGUCCAAAGCCAGGAAGAGGAGGUUGCACAAGUUGAGCCUGUAACCCAGCAGCCACAGAAGGCUGAGGAAGACGCUCAGGACGCCAAGAGUGCUGAAAAGGAGGAUGCCACUGAAGACGAGUGUGGGGAGAGUUCACGACUCAGCCUCCGUCCAGCUGUCAAUGUUGAGGAUGUCGACUCGCACAGCGAGCGAGCCGGGGAGGGCGAACGGGAAGAACUCCUCACCCCUCAGGACCCCAAACUAACAACCCUGACUGUCCCUGUGACCCCGACAGGAGGUCGACAAAGUUAUAACAGUAGGCCGCGGCAAUCUCAAAGUGAAGAUGACGAUGAUGAGGAAGCAAGCAUCCCUGUCAGAGCCUGGCCCAGCCAGUCCAGCAUCCGCAGCACCGAUGACCCCUCGCGAGAACGUCCGUCAUCAUCCGCCAGUCAGACCAACACGGCGGUCAAUGAGCGUCUUCAGGAGCUCGUCCGCAUGUUUAAAGAGAGGACGGAGAGAGCAAAAGAGAAACUCAUAGAUCCUGACAGCUCCGAUGAGGACGGCAUCACCCCCUCUCCUCCAAAGGCCCCAGCGCCGCAGCCUGCUCCUGCUAUUCAGCCUGCGGACAAGGAGGAUGCCGAAGAGCUCCCUGGUCUUUCGAGUGGAAAAGCCGAGAGUGAGGCAGAGGAGGAGAAGUCCGACCGCCAGGUGAAAUCCCCCCGACGGGCACGAGGCUAUGCGCGCUACCGCUUCCCCACCAGCAUUGACCCCUUCACCAACUUGAUGUACGUGCUGUGGAUGUUCUUGGUGUGUUUGGCAUGGAAUUGGAGCGUGUGGUUCAUCCCACUGCGUUGGGCCUUCCCCUACCAGACGCCAGCCAAUAUUUACUACUGGCUGCUGACCGACUACCUUUGUGACCUUAUUUACAUCCUGGACAUCACUGUCUUCCAACCACGCCUGCAGUUUGUCCGCGGAGGGGACAUUGUUUGUGACACAAAAGAAAUGAGAAAAAAUUACGUGAAAACAAAACGUUUCAAGUUUGAUGUGGCCAGCCUUGUUCCGUUGGAGCUCUUCUAUUUCAAAACUGGCAUCAAUCCUCUUCUACGCCUGCCUCGGUUACUCAAGAUCAACUCAUUCUUUGAGUUCAAUGAGCGUUUAGAGGCCAUCUUGACCAAAGCCUAUGUCUACAGGGUGAUUCGGACCACAACCUAUCUUCUGUAUUGUCUUCACUGCAACGCCUGCCUCUACUACUGGGGCUCUGCCUACAAAGGGCUGGGCUCCACCAAGUGGGUGUACGACGGCAAGGGCAACAGUUACAUUCGUUGUUACUACUUUGCGGUAAAGACCCUCAUCACAAUCGGGGGGUUGCCAGACCCCACUACCCUGUUCGAGAUCAUCUUCCAGCUCAUCAACUACUUUGUGGGAGUCUUUGCCUUUUCUAUCAUGAUUGGGCAGAUGCGUGACGUAGUUGGUGCGGCCACAGCUAGUCAGACAUACUACCGCACCUGUAUGGACAACACCAUUAAGUACAUGUCUUCAUAUCGCAUCCCAAAAGAUGUCCAGAACAGAGUCAAAACCUGGUACAACUACACUUGGCAAUCACAAGGCAUGCUGGAUGAACAGGAACUGCUGACUCAGUUACCAGAUAAGAUGCGUCUGGACAUUGCAAUAGAUGUCAACUACUCCAUUGUCAGCAAGGUCCCUCUCUUUCAGGGCUGUGACCAACAGAUGAUCUUUGAUAUGUUAAAAAGCCUGCGCUCAGUUGUCUACCUGCCAGGGGAUUACGUCUGCAAAAAGGGAGAGGUCGGUCGGGAGAUGUACAUCAUCAAGGCAGGGGAGGUGCAGGUGGUCGGAGGACCAGAUGGGAAGACGGUUUUCGUCUCUCUCAGCGCCGGCUCGGUCUUUGGCGAGAUUAGGCAAAGAUUUUUUCAAUGUGCAUUAAAGGUUCCAAGUGUGUAUUCAUCUUUAAGAUCCAUUUGCCUCUCUUGGAUUGGCAGUCUGCUUGCAGUGGGCGGGGGCAACAGGCGCACUGCAAAUGUCAUCGCUCACGGCUUUGCCAAUCUCUUCAUCCUGGACAAGAAAGACCUGAACGAGAUUCUGGUCCAUUAUCCCGAAUCCAAGAAACUGCUGCGCAAGAAAGCCAGUUACUUACCGGUGGAGCAGCUGCGGUCUAUGGAGCAUGGUGGAGGAGGAAGCGAAGGUGACGCCACAGAGGGAAGCCUGCCGGAGUGCAAAUUAAGCUCUGACAGUGAGGAUUUCAAAUGCUGCUCCCGUCAAUUCACCUCACAAAUCUGCGCUCUCUACCCGACAAAAUGGACGAGCUUCAUCUUCUCGCAAAGACCAGUAAAGACUUAGGAUGUUCUGCCGGCCCGUGGCUUUGUGAACGCAUCGACGAUGGCGCCGUAAUUCUUCCCGGCUUCCAACUUCACUGAGUGUACCGUGAUAUGGAGCUAUCGGGGAAAACAAAAGGUGCCGGAAUAUGGUUCUAUAUCAACGAAAAAUGGUGAACCGACGUCACGGAGCUCAACACACACUGCAGCCGGACUUGGAGUCGCUGUUUUUGAGCUGUAAGUCAUUCUGCUCGGUACCCGCCACGUGAGUUUGCGCCAUCCAUUCUUGCCGGCGUUUACAUCCCCCCCAGGCUAACACGAACGCUGCACUGCAGUUUCUGCGAAGAUGUGUGUGUACCAACAAAGACAUUUCGGACUGUAAAUAACAACAAGCCGUGGUUCACUGCUAAACUUUGCCAACUUCGCCAAGCUAAAGAGGACGCCUAUUGGAGUGGGGACAGAGCCCUGUACAAUCCGGCCAGAAAUCUGAUGACAAAGGAAAUUAACAUCGCAAGAAGAAAUUAUGCAGAAAGCUGGAAAACCAGUUGCCUGCUAAUGACUCUGCAUCAGUCUGGCAUGGAUUACAAUCGCUAGCUAACAGCAAGCGAUCAUCCCCUCAAGCGGAGAACAAUAAAGGACUGGCUGACGAUUUGAAUACCUUUCACACACCACGCCCACCUAGCCGCACCACCGACGACCACCAUCACACCUCUGACUCCCCCUUCUGCGUUGACCAUCCACAAACAGGAUGUGAGACGUAUCUUCAAACAACACAAGAUUAAUAAAGCCUAGACCUUGUGUCCCGAUCUUGUCUGCCAGCUCACUCCAGUCUUUACACAGAUCCCUGGAGCUAUGUGAAGUACCAUCCUGUUUCUAACACUCCACCAUCAACCCAGUCCCCAAGAAACCUUCAAUCUCUGGUCUGAAUGACUACAGGCCUGUCGCCCUGACAUCUGCGGUCAUGAAGUCCUUUAAACACCUCGUGCUGGAGCACCUCGAGCGCCACAGGACCCCUGCUUGACCCGCUGCAGUUUGCCUCCCGAGCAAACUAGUCUGUGGAUGACACAGUCAACAUGGGACUUCAACUUCAAAACCUCUAUGGCGCAGGGACCUACGCGAAGAUCCUGUUUGUGUUCAACACCAUCAUCCCUGAACUCCUCUCCUCCAAGCUUGUCCAGCUCAGCGUCUCACCUGGCAUCUGCCGGUGGAUUUACAGUUUCCUGAAUGGCAGAACACAGCAGGUGAUGCUAGCGGACAGCACCUCAUCCACGCGCACAAUUAGCACUGGGGCCCCCCAAGGAUGUGUCCCCUCUCAUUUCCUCUUCUCUCUCUCCAAGAACAACUGCACUUAAACCCAUCCGGCUUUCCAACUCCUGAAGUUUGCAGAUGACGCGACAGUUAUCGGCCUCAUCAAAAACAGUGACCAGUCUGCAUAUCGACAGGAAAUGGAGCGGCUGGAGCUUUGGUGCGGCCGACACGACCUGGAGCUGAACACGCUCAAGACGGUAGAGAUGAUCAUGGACUUCAGGAGGCAUCCUUCGCCGCAGCUGUCCCUCAUGCUGCCCUGUGUCAACCGUCAAGACCUUCAAGUUCCUGGGAAUUACGGUCUCUCAGGACCUAAAGUGGGAGACCAACACCUACUCCAUUUUCAAAAAGGCCCGGCAGAGGAUGUUCUUCCUGCAGCUUUUCAGGAAUCGCGCCCUGCUAGAGUAGCUGCUAAGGCAGUUUUACACAGCAGUCAUUGAAUCAGUCCUGUGUUCAUCCAUUACAGCCUGGUUUGGUGCUGCUACAAAAAAAAAAAAGACAAAAUCGUCAGUAUUCCCCUACCAACCUUUGAGGACUUGCAUGCUGUCAGAACUAAGACGAGCAUGCAAAAUCCUCUUGGUCCCUCCUCAUCCUGGUCACCACCUUUUGUAGCUCCUUCCCUGAGGUGGGCACUAUCCAACAAUGCAAACUAAAACCAGCAGACAUUCCAACAGCUUGCCAUCAACCACUUAAAGAGUUGACUUACAAUUCCAUUGUAACAUGCUGCCAAGUUUGCAUAUCUCUGUUGACACACUACUACUACAUUAUUUGUGCUGUCACCGUCGUAGUCUCGUCACUCUGCACUAUUUGCAUAUCUGUUGUUGACCAAUACUGGCCACUCAUGUGCUUGAGAACUAUCUGCACCAUUUGCACAAUUGUCACUGUUCCAGAUUAUCGCACUACUAGUCGCUUUAAACUGCUUACAUUUCUUGAGGACUCUGCACUAUUUGCACAAUUAUCACUCCACCAGAUUAUCACGCUACAUGUCUUAGUCACUUCAAACCGCUCUAAAUUGAGGACUCUGCAUCCUUUGGACAACUGUCAUUGUAUCAGUAUUACCAUAUUACUGGUAAUCUUCCAUUGAUCGAUGACUCUCUGUAGUGUGUUUUGAUGUCCUAAAAGUAUAUUUUAUCACAGUGACUGUCUUUUGUUGUACGAGAGCAGCUCCAACUAACUGAAAGAAGUUCCUUGUGUGUUUUUGACAUACUUGGCAAAUAAAAAUGAUUCUGAUUCUAAAAGAUUUCAAAUUUUGAUCAAUUGAUUAAGAGCCCGAUUAAGAUCCCAAUAUAAGUGGUACAUAAAAACGCCAGCUUUUUCCCUCUUCUAUAAGUCAUAUGUGCUUCUUGCAAGUUCUCUUCUCAUCCU